AGCACAUCUGGGCGAGAGCGGCGCCGCUGGAGCCGAGGGGGGCGCCGAGCGCAGAUCUGGAGCAGCAGAGCCACGGCGCAGCUGGGGCCCUUCGAGGCGCUCGGGGCGCACAUCUGGGACCUCAAGCGGGGGCCGUGCCGCGCGCAGCUGGACCAGGGGAGGGGGGCGGCGGCUGCACAGCUGGACCGAAGGGGGCGGGGUCGGCCCUGGGCGACCCGCUGAGGGGAGGGCCGCGGGCCGCCGGGGACUGGAGCAUGGGACGGCGCGCCUGAAGGAGCAGGAAGGGGAAGGAGGCCUGGGACCCCGAAAAGAGAAGGGGAGAGCGAGGGGACGAGAGCAGAGGAGGAAGAUGCAACUGACUCGCUGCUGCUUCGUGUUCCUGGUGCAGGGUAGCCUCUAUCUGGUCAUCUGUGGCCAGGAUGAUGGUCCUCCCGGCUCAGAGGACCCUGAGCGUGAUGACCACGAGGGCCAGCCCCGGCCCCGGGUGCCUCGGAAGCGGGGCCACAUCUCACCUAAGUCCCGCCCCAUGGCCAAUUCCACUCUCCUAGGGCUGCUGGCCCCGCCUGGGGAGGCUUGGGGCAUUCUUGGGCAGCCCCCCAACCGCCCGAACCACAGCCCCCCACCCUCAGCCAAGGUGAAGAAAAUCUUUGGCUGGGGCGACUUCUACUCCAACAUCAAGACGGUGGCCCUGAACCUGCUCGUCACAGGGAAGAUUGUGGACCAUGGCAAUGGGACCUUCAGCGUCCACUUCCAACACAAUGCCACAGGCCAGGGCAACAUCUCCAUCAGCCUCGUGCCCCCCAGUAAAGCUGUAGAGUUCCACCAGGAACAGCAGAUCUUCAUCGAAGCCAAGGCCUCCAAAAUCUUCAACUGCCGGAUGGAGUGGGAGAAGGUAGAACGGGGCCGCCGGACCUCGCUUUGCACCCACGACCCAGCCAAGAUCUGCUCCCGAGACCACGCUCAGAGCUCAGCCACCUGGAGCUGCUCCCAGCCCUUCAAAGUCGUCUGUGUCUACAUCGCCUUCUACAGCACGGACUAUCGGCUGGUCCAGAAGGUGUGCCCAGAUUACAACUACCAUAGUGAUACUCCCUACUACCCAUCUGGGUGACCCGGGGCAGGCCACAGAGGCCAGGCCAGGGCUGGAAGGACAGGCCUGCCCAUGCAGGAGACCAUCUGGACACCGGGCAGGGAAGGGGUUGGGCCUCAGGCAGGGAGGGGGGUGGAGACGAGGAGAUGCCAAGUGGGGCCAGGGCCAAGUCUCAAGUGGCAGAGAAAGGGUCCCAAGUGCUGGUCCCAACCUGAAGCUGUGGAGUGACUAGAUCACAGGAGCGCUGGAGGAGGAGUGGGCUCUCUGUGCAGCCUCACAGGGCUUUGCCACGGAGCCACAGAGAGAUGCUGGGUCCCCGAGGCCUGUGGGCAGGCUGAUCAGUGUGGCCCCAGAUCAAGUCAUGGGAGGAAGCUAAGCCCUUGGUUCUUGCCAUCCUGAGGAAAGACAGCAACAGGGAGGGGGAGAUUUCAUCAGUGUGGACAGCCUGUCAACUUAGGAUAGAUGGCUGAGAGGGCUUCCUAGGAGCCAGUCAGCAGGGUGGGGUGGGGCCAGAGGAGCUCUCCAGCCCUGCCUAGUAGGCGCCCUGAGCCCCUUGUCGUGUGCUGAGCAUGGCAUGAGGCUGAAGUGGCAACCCUGGGGUCUUUGAUGUCUUGACAGAUUGACCAUCUGUCUCCAGCCAGGCCACCCCUUUCCAAAAUUCCCUCUUCUGCCAGUACUCCCCCUGUACCACCCAUUGCUGAUGGCACACCCAUCCUUAAGCUAAGACAGGACGAUUGUGGUCCUCCCACACUAAGGCCACAGCCCAUCCGCGUGCUGUGUGUCCCUCUUCCACCCCACCCCCUGCUGGCUCCUCUGGGAGCGUCCAUGUCCCGGAGAGGGGUCCCUCAACAGUCAGCCUCACCUGUCAGACCGGGGUUCUCCCGGAUCUGGAUGGCGCCGCCCUCUCAGCAGCGGGCACGGGUGGGGCGGGGCCGGGCCGCAGAGCAUGUGCUGGAUCUGUUCUGUGUGUCUGUCUGUGGGUGGGGGGAGGGGAGGGAAGUCUUGUGAAACCGCUGAUUGCUGACUUUUGUGUGAAGAAUCGUGUUCUUGGAGCAGGAAAUAAAGCUUGCCCCGGGGCACUGGAGUCAGAGUUGUCCAAGGAAAGGGCCUCAGGCAUCCCUUGGUCCAGGAAGAAUUUCUCUGAUGGCCGCAGGACAUUUGCUUGAGACCCAAGUGGCAGGGCUCCAACCGCCCUUGGCGCUGAUGUUUGCUGAGGGCUCAGGGCUUCCCUCUCCAGCCCCGGUUCCAAGCUGUCUGAUCCCCCACGAGGAAACUUGAGCAAACACCCUGGGCUCGGUGCUGGAGGAGGGCGUAGCAUCUUCAACAACAGCUCAGGGAGGGAGAGCUAGCAGGUAGAAUGGGCCAAUGAGGGUGUUCCUUGGUGUCCUCCCUGAACUGCCAUCUGCAGACCCAGCAGGGUCCUAGCCCCGUCAUUUUGCUGCGUGGCCUUGGCCAUGUCCAUUCUCCUCUCUGGCUUUCUUUGUUUCUUCCUCUAUGACAUGAAGGGCUUGCCCAGACCAGGGGUUCUCAAACACGGAUCACCCAGAGGGUUUGUUAACACACAGAUUUCUGGGUCCUACCCACGUUUCUAAUUCAGCAGGCCUGGGUGGGGCCUAAGAAUUAGAAUUUCUAACGAGUUCCCAGGUCUAUGCUGAUGCUGCUGCUCCAGGGCCCAUGCUGGGAGACCCACUCAAAGGACCUUAAAGUUCAUCUCUGGCUAUGGCUCCGCAGGAUGGGGAGACACCUCGGAUGUGCUUUCCCAGCUGUAAUUUCCAUCUGCUUCUCCUGGGGAAGGGGCCUUUCAGAGAAUCGGGGCUAUUGUAUUGGAUUUUCAAUCUGACCACAUGCCAGUGAAGGAACUGGCUGGAGUGGGGUGUGGACACAGGGCCUGCGUCAGUCACUCCCCUCCUGCAGCUAGUAAGAGGCCUCAGAAUGGCCAGCUGCCAGUGGCACCUUGUCUGGGAGUUAGUUGGGCCCUUUGGGACUCUGUGAAGGGAAGACACUACCAAGGUCACAGUGCCUUCUGGAGGUCAUUCUAAGUCGGCUCUCUUGGGAGGGCAGCACUCAGGGCCCUUUGGGCCCUCUUGAGGAGAGGAGAGUCCUGGCAGCAAGGUAAGAUGGGCUUGCCACCCCCCACCUUUCGCCCCUGCCCACCAGUGCUCCGCGCAAACUGGUCCCUUCAUACUGCAGCGCAGAGCUGGGUGGGGCUGAGAAGCCAUCUGGUUACAGCCCACCUUGUAGGAAAUGACCCAGCUUGUUUCCCCCACAUCAUGCUUCCAGGGGCCGUCUCUCCUGAGUGGAGAUGUGAGACACACACCCCUCCUCCAGACCACCCUCCGCUCCCCACCCUGGAGGCUUGAGACUGCUGGCACUGGAGCAGCCCACCAAUGGACACCCACCGUGUGCCGUUCAGCCUCCCACAGUGCUGUGGAGACUGCAGGAAGGAGGAGGAAGCAAUGGGGCCAGAGGCCCUGGGCGCCCUCCCCACCUCCCCUGGCUGAACUCUCAGCAGGCACUGGGGGCACUUUGACCCCCCUACUGCUCCUCUCCUCCUGUGGAGAGCCAGAUGCUGGCGACAGCUGGAGGGCCCGGCCUUCCUGGCACACAGUUCUGCCUGCACCAGGGAUGGAUUCAUUUUAAUAACUUCAUUUCACCCUCAUGCACACUCUGCCGCCUCAUCCCUCCUUUCCACCUUCCCCAGUAGCCUGGCUGCUCUCCUCAGCUAGGACUUUGCUAACAGAUUUCCUCCCAAACCUUAAUUCUUUGGAAUAGCCCUCUGGUCCCUACUGUUCUUGCCAGAUACUUCUGUGCCCGCUUGGUCCUCACAAGGGCAAGGGGUCCAUCCAACUUCCUCUGGCUAAGAAGACGUCACCUCUGCCCCACUGGCGAGCAGUGUCCCCAUGGUGAUGCCCCCCCACCAUCACGACGAAGUGCGCUGGCCUCCCACUCUUGCCAUGCACACACUCACAGGAGAUUCCUCUGAAGAAACCUGUCCCCCACUCUGCCCAGACCCCAAAGGGCCAGGUCCUACUCACACUCCAACCCUUUGACCUUCCCCAUCCACUGCCCUUCAAGGCAGUCUGAAAUGCCCUCAGACCGUUUAGCAGUCCCGUGGUCCUCCACCCUAACCCCUCAGCCCAGCUGGGGGCUGCCGGGGGCCUUGUCUCCUCCAUCAGUGGAGCCUCUGGGACAAGUUUACCAGGCUGGGGGUUCUUUAAGGACACAGCUUGGAUCUCCCCAUCAGGCUGGGGAACACCUAGGGCCGGGGGCCAUGCCUCCCUCAUCAGACUGAGGACUCCCUGAUGUCAGGGGCUGGAUGGCCCCUUAGACUGGGGGUCCCUGAGGGCAGACGCUAUGCCUCCCCUCAUCAGACUGGAGUCUCCCUGAGGGCAAGAACUGUGCUAUGGAUGGGAGGGGGACAGCUUGCCUUUUCCUAGGCAUCAGAGCACCUGGAGGCUGCCUCUGCCCUUCAGCUUUGCUCAAAGGUGCUGUCUGGGUCUCAGCAUUCCUUUCUCAAGUAGGGUGAAUCUCCUAGCACUCUGUGAAGCUAAUAAGGGGGAGUACCCGUUAGGUCAACUGGUAGCAAUGCCCGAGUCUCCUUCUCGAUGAAGCUUAAGGCAAAAGCAAAUGAAUAUCUAGGUCCCUUCCCCCAAUUCCCCCCUUCCCUUUCCUGGGAUGAGCAAGCGGGAACUGAGUCACCCUGUUCCCCAUCCUUGGCAGGAAUGCUGGUGACCUUGCAUUGUGGCAGAUUCAGGUGGCGAGGCCCAUUGCUCGAGAUGCACCCGGUGGGUGGGUGGCAGGGAUCCUGGGGGAGUGUUUAUGGGGAUGGAGGCAGCUGAAGGGCAGGGAGGGGUGACCAGGUGCUGGGAUCAUCGAGUGAGUAUGUGCAGGAGGGAUUGUAGAGACACAAUGAAACAGUUGCUCUGUGUUGGGAAGUGAUCCAGUGUCAUCGCUGGGAGUGGGAGACAGAAAUGUUACUUCCAAAGACUCCGAGUCCUGUGGUACUGCCAGGAGAACCGGGGGCUGGGGUAAUGGGUAAGGAGAGGCACCAUCAGCCCCGCCAGGCAGAGGCAAGAUGGGGUGGGGGCGGCACCUGCCAAUUAUGCCAAAGUCUUGGAGUGGCAGCUGGCACCAUCACCAAGGCACAAAUGCCAGCAGAGACCUGGCACUCACCUGGGUUGUGAUUCCAUAGGGCCCCUGUCUCCUGUUGGUCUCCCAGGCUCAAAGGCUGACCUGAUAAUUCAAGUGAAGGAUGCCUAGUUCAAGGCCUCCCAGUUCCUCAUCCCAGGCCACCUAGUCAGGUGGUCCCAAGGGACAAGCUAGGUCCUCCUGAACUGCAGAGGCUGCCAAUAAACUGGCAACACAGGUGUUGCAGGAAGAUAUAGCUGGGUCCUCAUCCUGGGUCUGUAAUUUAUUAGACGUGUGGCUUUGGACAAAUGACAUAAUCUCCCAGAGCCUCCUUAGAUAAAAAACUAGGGCUUUGCCUACCUUGGCGUAUUGUUAGGAAAAUUAAAUGAGUUGCUCAAUAAA